AAUCAUUCUCCUCAUUGCCAAAUGUGACCAGAGACUCAGUGAGGCAAUACCUUCAGUUCAGACCUGACCAAUCUGUGACCAUUUUACAUGCCAAAGUUGCCCAGAAGUCUUACGGUAAUGAGAAGAGGUUUUUCUGUCCUCCUCCCUGCGUGUACCUUUCUGGACAUGGAUGGAAAGUCAGACAAGAGCAGCUUAAAGCAUCAGGUCUGAACGAAUCGGCUUGUCGGAUUUUCGGUUACAUGGGUCUGGACAGCUCCAGUGAUCCACGGACAGACAGUUUCAAGCUGAGCUUUGAGGAGCAGACAGACAAGAAGAUGUUUGCCUGUGCUAAAACCUUGUACAUCUCAGACACAGACAAACGGAAACACUUUCGCCUGCUGCUACAUCUGUUCCACAACGGAGGGCAAGAAAUCGGCACGUUCAACAGCAGACUCAUUAAAGUCAUCUCUAAACCAUCGCAGAAGAGACAGUCCAUGAAAAACGCUGACCUGUGUAUCUCCUCAGGCUCAAAAGUGUCAUUGUUUAACCGAUUGCGGUCGCAGACGGUCAGUACACGGUACCUGGCGGUGGAAGAUGGGGCUUUUGUUGCCAGCGCAAGACAGUGGACGGCUUUUACUGUUAAUUUAGUGGAGGAGACGCAGGCUGCGCACAGUGAAUACACCAUGUGUGAGAGCUUCAUCUGCUACGGCUGUGUGGUUCAGCUGGUCUGCACUGACUCCGGAGUGGCACUGCCACCAAUGGUAAUUCGUAAAGUGAACAAGCAGUAUGCAUGUCUAGACGUGGAUGAACCCGUUUCUCAGCUUCAUAAAUGUGCUUUCCAGUUCCGAGGCAGCGACCACAUGUACCUGUGCCUGUCUAAUGAAAAAAUCAUACAGUUCCAGGCCUCUCCGUGUCCUAAAGAGAGUAAUAAAGUGUUAUUGAAUGAUGGAUCCUGCUGGACGAUUAUUGGAACAGAGGUGGUUGAAUACAGCUUCAGUGAGAGUCUCAUCGGUCAUCCUGCAACCAUCAGCCCUGUGCCUGUGAUCACUGGACUGGAGUUGAAUGGAGGUGGACAUGUGGCCAUGCUGGAGCUUCAUGGAGAAAACUUUAGUCCACACUUAAGGGUCUGGUUCGGCAACAUGGAGGCUGAGACCAUGUUCAGGUCCUCCAGGUCUCUGCUGUGUGUGGUUCCUGAUGUGUCUAUAUUGAGUGGUGAAUGGAGAUGGACGAGGCAGCCAAUCACAGUGCCUUUAUCUCUGAUCCGAUUGGACGGUCUGAUCUACUUGAGCUGGUUCUCCUUCACGUACACCCCAGAGCACAGCGCCAGCUCUCAGACCAGCGGCUCCACAGAGAGAAGUGCAGACUCAGACGCUCUCAUAGACACCAUACACCAGGAGUUCACACGCACCAACUUUCACCUGUUCAUGCAGAGCUGAACACACAUACAUGCACAGACACAGACACAUACACACAGACACAGACAUGGACACAUACACAAACACACACAAAAACACACAUGCACGCACACAUAUACAUAUGUGCACACACAUACACACACAGAGAGAGACACAGACAUGGACACAUACACAAACACAGAUACACAAACACAGAGACACAAAAACACACAUGCACGCACACUCAAUCACACACAGAGACACAGACAUGGACACAUACACAAACAUAAAUACACAAACACAGACACAAAAACACACAUGCACACACACUCAUGCACACGCACACACAUACACACACACAGACAUGGACACAUACACAAACAUAAAUACACAAAUACAGACACAAAAACACACAUGCACGCACACUCAUGCGCACGCACACACACACACACACACAGACAUGGACACAUACACAAACAUAAAUACACAAACACAGACACAAAAACACACAUGCACGCACACACACACAUUCAUAUGUGCACAAACACACAAAGACACAGUCAUGGACACAUACACAAACACACAGACACAAACACUCAUGCAAAAACACACACACACACACAGAGAGAGAGAGAGAGAGAGAGAGACAGACAUGGACACAUACACAAACACAAAUAACAAACACAGACACAAAAACACACAUGCACACACACACAUACACAAACACAAACAGGUUUGUUUCCUAUAUUGGUGAGGACAUUGCAUCAAACACACACACGCAUAGACACACACGCAAAUGUGGACAAACACAGAUACAUGCACACG